AUGACGUGGAAGUAUUUUAAUAGCCAAGUUUUUCCGCACCUGCAUCUGAUCAGAAGGUCUAUAACCCACGUUUCCAAGAUCGAGUUCUUUCUUGCCGUCUAUGCCGCUUUUCAAGUCGCUAUGACCAAGAAUAUCAAGGGAGGUUUCAGAGGAGCUGGACAUGUUCCUUUUGACCCGGAAAGUGUGAUCUCGAAGCUGGAUGUGCGGUUACGGACUCCAACGCCUGCCAAGGAAGAGGCUAGCCAAGCUCAAUCUUGGACUUCAAGGGCCCCAAGGACAGUCCUUGAGGCUCAGUCUCAGUCUGAAUACCUUGAAAGACGAGUCAGAAGACAUCAUAGCAGCUCUUCAGAGUCAAUUAUUGAAGCUAUAAAGUCUCUUACUGAGGCAGUAAAGGGAGUUAUGCAUGAGAGUGCUCUAUUAAGGGCUGAUCUCCAAGAUGUUUGA